CACAUUCCCUGGCUGCUCUCCAACCCACAGGAGCUGAGAAAACAAAGUCCAGUGACUGCGAGGACCGAGCAGAGGCUGCUGAAGGGGAGGAAGCAGCGAGAAGCCACCAAGCGGAGGCCACUGUCAGCUCCCAGAUGCUGGACCUCCUGGAGAGCACGACCCUCGUGGGCUUGAUCAUAGGCACUGCGGUGGCCUUUCUACUGCUGUUGCUGCUGCUGGCCGCCUGCUUGUACUCCAGACAGGAGGAACCUGACAUGGAAAGGAACCGCCCCACCGCAAGGAGAAACCGGAUCAGGUGGGCCCAGCCUUGGAUCUCCUCGGGCCGGGGCCACCUGGGACACUUGCACCAUUUCCGUCAUGCUGGCCAUAUGUCUCACAUGCCCCAUGCGAACCUCCACCACCACCACCUCGCCCACCACCAUGCCCACCAUCAUGCCGCCCACCACGCCGCCCGUGCCCACCGAGGCCGCCACUGAUGCCCGUGCAGGGCAGCCGCUGCCUGCCCUGCCAUCACCAGACAAGUGGACCUGCCGACGUUCCCGUGCAGAAGGGCACCUCCCUGCAGUGAACACCAGGCCCUGCUUGGGCUUCGUCUUCCCACUCGCCCAGCGUGCUGUGGAGGAGAACUGAGGAGCGCCAGGGCUGGCCCUGCACACACAGGAGGGUGACAGGGCUGAGCGCAGCGGGUGCUGGUGGUCCUUUGGGGGCAGACACCAGCUUGUGACCUUAACUCCCAAAGGGCACUAGAAUGAACAGCCAGUCCGGUCGGUGCAGGCGUGCUGGUGUGUGCGGAUGUGCAGGUGUACCCUGCUCUCUCUCAAUGACAGGGCCUCUGGCUGGCAAGGUAGCUGGGAGGGGCCCUGGCAAUGCCCCUUUGUUUGCAGGAGGUCUUGAGGCUGCACAGUCAAUUCAGUGGUGCCUUA